AUGGACGGCCCCAAGGACCCCGAGGUGCAGCCCACCAUGGCCAUCAAGAUCUUCUCCGCCGGCUUGGCGGCCUGUGUGGCCGAUGUGAUCACCUUCCCGCUGGACACCGCCAAAGUCCGGCUGCAGAUCCAAGGUGAACGCCCAAACUCUGGUGCCCCUAAGUAUAAAGGCGUCCUGGGAACAAUCACCACUCUGGCGAAAACAGAAGGGCCAGUGAAGCUCUACAGCGGACUGCCUGCUGGCCUCCAGAGACAGAUAAGCUCUGCUUCGCUUAGGAUCGGGCUCUACGACACGGUCCAGGAGUUCUACAAAGACGGGAAGCAGGCUACUUUAGGAGGCAGGAUCUUAGCUGGGCUGACGACUGGAGGAGUGGCAGUGUUCAUUGGGCAACCCACAGAGGUCGUGAAGGUCAGACUUCAGGCACAGAGCCAUCUACAUGGUCCAAAGCCUCGCUACACUGGGACUUAUAAUGCUUACCGAAUUAUAGCAACAACUGAAGGCUUGACGGGCCUUUGGAAAGGGACUACUCCCAAUCUGGCAAGAAACGUCGGCAUCAAUUGUACAGAGCUAGUAGCAUACGACCUAAUGAAGGAGACCCUUGUGAAAAACAAAAUCCUACCAGACGACCUCCCCUGCCACUUUGCGUCGGCCGUCUUUGCCGGAUUUUGCGCAACCCUUCUGUCUUCUCCAAUGGAUGUGGUGAAAACCAGAUUUGUAAAUUCGACACCGGGACAGUACACUAGUGUGCCAAACUGCGUAAUGACGAUGUUCACUAAGGAAGGACCAUCGGCCUUUUUCAAAGGGUUGAUCCCUUCCUUCCUGCGACUCGGAUCCUGGAACGUCAUCAUGUUUGUGUGCUUUGAACGGCUGAAACGAGAGCUGACGAAGUCAAGGCAGCCUGCGGACUGCGCCACAUGAUUGUUGCCAGGAAAAGGCUGGAGCCCACCAGCGGGAGUCUUUGCUGACGGGAUGAUUAAAAAACAAACAAAAACCUCUUCCCUUUAUUUCAAUCUAAAAAGAUAAAGGAAUUCUAGUAGAGUAGAAAAGUUUGGACUAUUUGUUUUUUCAAAAGGG